AUGGCAAAGUAUUUUGAGAACUGGAACUCUGAUUUUAUUUAACAAUUUAGUAGCAAUUAUACGUAUUUGUAUGAAGACAAUUCUGAAAGGCUCGGCAAAUUUAAAGUUUAUUAAACUUUAAAAAAAAAUUCAGAAUAUAGCCUAGUAGCAUUAAAGGAAGUAGAAAUUCAUUAAGUAGAAGAGAAAUUAAAGCAAUAAGGUCAUUAUAUGCAUCAAGCAGUUGAUGAAUAUGUAGAUGAUUUUAUGAAAGCAAUAAAAAAGAUUUUUGAAAACUAAAUGAACUUUCAUUAAAGCAUCUUGCAAAUGAUUGCUUAUGAAUGCUAAGUUUUAGAAAUUGGCUCUAUUUAAAAACUUUAGAACAUAAAAUUUUAUUAUGAAUAUUUUCCUAACAAUCUUUUAUAGGAAGCUAAAAGAAAGUACUGCUUUAAUAAUAUUGGGUUCCAUGAGACAGAAAUUUGGCAAAUCCUUUACAAUAUUUCUUCUUUAAUGUCCCAUUUAGAAGGUUAAAAUAGAUGGAUUGGAAAUUUAAUUCCUGAAAACAUUUACUAUGCUCACACUAAUGGUGAAGUUAAAAUUUUGCCUUAUAAGAUGAGUUUACUAGAUGACAUACAAAAGACUUUUACAUUUGUAAAAACAAACAUACAGUCACCAAUGAAUAAGAAUUUUAAUCAUUUAUAAAAAAAUACCCUAUGUAAUUUCGACAUCACAAAGCACUUCAAAUUUGAAGUUUUACUUCUUUAAUUCAAUCAAAAUACUAAAUCUCAAAAACUCAUAAUUAAAAAAUUAAAUUGA